GGGGAAGUCGGGGAGUGAGUGAAUGGGAAUGAAGGUCCUAUAUAAAAUUAUAUAAAUGAGGCCGGCCAUCUUGUUGCAUUGCCUGCACGAGAGUACAUACUUACGCUAAAGCACAACAUGGAGAAAAGGGUGCGCCCGGGGAAAGUAAAUGCGAUUAGUGAGAAAACAACUGAACUUAGGGGAAAAACAAGCCACGGCGGCGGCGUGAGCAAGCGGAGAUGCGGCUGGAAGUGCUGCCUCAUCAUCUUGGUCGGCAUAAUCGUCAUUUUCUUGGCCAUUGUGGGUUUAUUGAUAUGGCACGCGCAGCCUUCGCAGCCGGUGGUUACGCUUGCCAGCACCCGCCUCGAGCACAUCAAACUCAAGGUGAAGGUGUUCCCGCGGCCCUCGGUCAAGUUGGAGAUCACCAUGGGCGUCACCCUCCGCGUCAACAACACCAGCAACGUAGACAUCACGUACCAGGCGGUGACAGUGCAGUUGAGCUACGAGGGUAAGGAGCUGGUCGACUCCACGUCCACCAACGGCGAGAUCAAACCCAUGGAUUCUUCCCCCGUCGACUUAACCCUUGACCUCUCAGCCGACAAAAUCGCAAGCACCGUGCCUUCCUUGAUCGAGGCUGCUGUCAAGAACCAACCCGUUACUUUCGACGCCCUCAUCUCCUUUGAUGGCGAUGGUGGACUCCCCCCACUCGCCUUCAUCACUUUCCCCCAUCCCCAUUUCAAGUUGAUGGUAGUGCGGCGGGCGGUAUACGAGAGUGUGGCCUUGUAUGACUCAGUUGUCGAUGAGGAUGUGGUGACAAUGAGAUGGGCGACAGAUAAAAAUGUGACAGCAGUUACUGAUGGCAAGGCGAUGAGCGACAGAUGGUAGUGUGACAUUAGAUACAUUGUUGUGGCAAUUAGUGAUACUUAUUGUGUGAAUGUGUGGUCUAACUUAUAUUUUUAAAUAAAUGACAUAAUUAAGGGUCUUAUUAAUUAAAUUAAUUCAAGUUUCAAUCAUAAAAUACUAGCAUUUCU